AGUAUACCUUUCAACACACACACUUUUUUGUUCAGCUGUGUUGUUAUGACUUGGGUACACAUUUCAGUGUUGAUUCCUCAUUUCUGAUCACGUUAAGAGGAUCACGUUAAGCACGAUGCCACUAAAUUCUCAGUGCUGUGUGUGAUUUUUAUUAAUUCAUUUUGAAUAAAGCUUCCAUUUUAUAUAAGGUAUAAACUUGUUUUACUUAGGCCUCAUUUAAGGACAUGUGUAUUUCAAUGUGUGGAGUCUUGCUGUUGUUAACUAACUUGUUGUAACACACGUUUCACAUAUCUUCUUCUCUUGUCACACUGCCAUUUUCCUUGUCACGAUGCCACAUCCCUUGUCACACUGCCAAUUCCCUUGUCACACUGCCGCCCUGUCUAGCCACACUGGUAUCUCCCUUGUCACACUGGUAUCUCCCUUGUCACACUGGUAUAUCCCUUGUCACACUGCCACCUCCCUUGUCACACUGUCAUCUCCAUUGUCGCAUUGUCACCUCCCUUGUCACACUGCCAUCUCCCUUAUCACACUGCCACCUCCCUUUCCCCACUGCCACCUCUCUUGUCACACUGCCACCUCUCUUGUCACACUGCCACCGCUAUUGCCUCUCUGCUCAUGUUCAACUUUGUUUUGUUCCUUUGUGAACCAGAGUACAGUUGAGUUGACAGAUGCUUGCAGCGUACAGACCAAAUAUGCCACCCAAACCUCGACCUCCCCCUCUCUCGGACGACUCUGUGAUUUAUCCGACCAACCGACUGCCCCGACUGGAUGUGCCAAUUAUGACGUAAGUCUGAGAACGUGUCGUCACUGUUUGAUUGGUGAUCUAUUUAAAUCAACAAUCUGGGAGAGGUGAAGGGAUUGUUGUAAAGGAGGUUUUAUCUUUAAAUUUCAGUUCCUGGUGAGCCUGACGGAUUCAACUAAGUUGCCAGUUUUUAAUUUUUACAAUAAUCCUCGACUAAUGAUGACGUCUUAAGAAUUUCAAUAUAAUAUACUAGAUAUAGCCCGCCAAACAUUGGCGACAGCAAUGCGUGAACUUCUCAUCUAGUAAAGUUACUUGACAAAACAUGAACUCAAAUAACGCACAUUUAAAAGAAUCCAAUAUUUGCUACACCCCUCCCCCCUCCCAUGAUACGUCACUGCACACUUUUUAUUCCACGCCCAUGAACUAUAUUCUCAUGUCCAAACCCCUUUUAAACCGAAUAUUUUUUACACCAUACUUGAGAGGGUUCCCUUGUCCCAAAAGAAAAUUCUACGCGCCAAACGUAUUUGCGUUAUUAAAAAUAUAUACAUAUAUAUAAUUUAGCGUAGUUAACUCAUAAUUGAACCACACUCUGGCGUAUCUAUAAAUAGCCUGCGUCUUGUUUGACCCGUCUUGUUUGACCUUUGCUGGCGAAUUAUAUAAUAUAUAGUAUAUAUAUUUCUAUUCUAUUUUAUUAUUUGUUUUGUUUUCUUACGUGAAGUUUUUUUACUCCUUGUAACACUUUUGAAUCCCAGUUUUGCAUAUAAUUAAUGCAGAUGUUAGAAAACAAAACAGACAAAACUGUAUGUUAGAUAACAAUACAUACAAAACUUUAAUGGCUUUAGCUGAAUAAUUCCUAGCAUGUCUUCUGUUCUUAUCAAAUUUAUGAUGUCCGUUCGCUAUGUGUUACUUGAAUCUAAUUUUCAAAAGUGUGAUUGUUUAAAAAAAAAAUUAAAAAAAUUAAAAAAACGGAAAAAAAAUUAAGAAUUGUAGGAUUUUGAAACAGUCUUAUGAUAUUCGAUUCUAUUAAGCGGCUGAUUCCAAUAACCAGUAAUCACAAUAAACGGUUGAUACUGUAGGCAUACGAUGAUUAAUAACAAUUUUUUUUUGUGGCAUUUUCCGCCAGAUUUCCGGCUCCUGGGUCAGAAAAUCAAACUCCGCUUGGCAUCCAUGACGACAAAGGGACAUCACCACCCAGUGCUGUGGUGCCCGAGAAAACUUUAUACAACAUCUGGGAGCAGACGAGAACACAGACCGAGGUCAAGUGGACCAGGCCGGACAACGCCGGCAGUUUUGAUUCCAUGGCGUAUGAGAUUCAGAUCAAUGAUGGCGACGGCACGUGGCAGAACCUGACCGAGAAUAGAGUUCCGGUCUAUCGCGUCUAUUUUGCCGAGGGCAAGGCUAUUUUCGGCAGAACGAGAAUCUGUCAACAAAGAGCCACAGCUGUGGUCAGAUUAAGGGUGAGGCCGAUUGGGAUUAUCAGUCGGCACGGAGCGGAAGAAAGAUUACUUGGACCGUGGUGUGAAAAUAUUUUGUUCUCCAUUGAAGGCACGAACUCUAAGACGUGAUCGGCCGUUGCGCCUGCUGUAUUCUGAUGUGCAUUUUUCUGUGUAUGUAUCAUGUUGAUGUUUGGAUUAUUUAGUGACACUGUGCUCUGAAACAAAACUAAAAUUAUUGUCUGUCCUUUUUUAGCGUUAUAAAAAACAAAUGCGUUAACACGGAUUGUUUUGUUGGAUAUAUUAAACCGAUAAUUUUGAUGUCUUCGAUUUUUUUUUAAAUUUCAUCAAAAGGGCUGUCCAUUAAGUAAGUCACGCUAUUAUUGAAAAACGUUUAAGCCCUCCCACCCCCCUGUCGCAAAGCUCAGACACCCCU